UCACUUACCACCGGCCAGGAGGGUUUGAUCCCCUACAACUUCGUGGCCAUGGCAAACAGCCUGGAGCCUGAGCCGUGGUUCUUCAAAAACAUUGUCCGCAAGGAUGCGGAGCGGCAGCUUCUGGCGUCAGGCAACACGCACGGCUCCUUCCUCAUCCGGGAGAGCGAGACUUCCAAAGGGUCCUACUCGCUGUCGGUGAGGGACUUUGACCAGAACCAGGGUGAGACGGUGAAGCACUACAAGAUCCGCAACAUGGACAACGGGGGGUACUACAUCUCCCCCCGCGUCACCUUCAGCAGCCUGCACGAGCUGGUGGAGUAUUACACACGCAGCUCCGAUGGGCUGUGCACCCGCCUCGGCAAGCCCUGCCGGACCCAGAAGCCGCAGAAGCCGUGGUGGCAGGAUGAGUGGGAGGUGCCGCGGGAGUCGCUGAAGCUGGUGGAGAAGCUGGGAGCGGGGCAGUUUGGAGAAGUCUGGAUGGGCUUCUACAACGGCCACACCAAGGUGGCCAUCAAAAACCUGAAGCAGGGCAGCAUGUCACCCAGCGCCUUCCUGGCAGAGGCCAACCUCAUGAAGAACCUGCAGCACCCGCGGCUGGUGCGGCUCUACGCCGUGGUGACGAAGGAGCCCAUCUACAUCAUCACAGAGUACAUGGAGAAGG